AUGUCAAGAAUUAUUGAUUCAUCUGUGCGACAAUAUUAUUCUUUGCCAGAAUCAGAUGAAAUUCUUGACGAUAUCGACUCCUCUACUGCCAUCAUCAAUCUUUUGGUUAAACAUGGAGCAGAUGUCAACAUCACUGACAAAUGUGGGCUGACUCCACUGCAUCUUGCUGCACAGAAAAAUAACGAAAUGGGAGCACGCGCGCUUAUCGAGAAUAAGGCUGAAAUCAACACCGCACCGUACGCGCCGGUAUCCAUCCGAACCCGUCCGAACCCACCGGAAUCGCCGAAACCUGCCAAAUGA